AAAAAUGUCAGCACAUGUGUCUUCCUGGAGAAACUAUAAAGUAGCCAUUAUUUAAAAAUAUAAAAUAUUUCACAUGUUACUUUUGGUGAAAAAUACAGUCUUUUGCAAAAACCUAGAACCACUGCAAUUGCCCAGGAUUGUUUAGAGAGAGAAGUUGCCAUGAACACGAGUGAGUGAAAUAGUUUUUUUACACAGAGAGAUACUUGGAUGUUGUGAGUUAAAUAAUCUGUAUUUAUAUUGUGUUUCUCUCGUCUUGAUGACCACUCAGAGCUGCUUUACUAUUUAAAAUGCUGCCAUUCACUCAUUCAUCAUCACAUCUUUCAUACCUCUGCUGACACGCGGGGGGGUUAAGUGUCAGGCUGAAAAUAUCGUCAACAUUUUGCCACAUUUUUAAUGUUAACUUUUUCCACAUUCACAGCAAUAUUUGUUAACUUGUACAUAUAUUAAGUAGUUCAAAUAUUAAAUGUUACACCUAAAUGUUAAAUACUAAAGCAACAACAACAAAUUGCAUUGGACAUGUCUGGUUUAUUUAUUUCCUUUGGGGGAAAAGAGCCAACUCUCAGCUGUUGUGAUGUUGUUAUCAAAGCUCUUAUUAAGAGGAGAGUCACAGCAGAGAGGACAGUUCACUACAAAGAGCAAACAUUGAACCUGUUUCCGUGUACAUGUUGUUCUGAUGUUGGUUCCAAACAUCUUCAGCACAUUUGGAACACUCUUACAGAUGCUGUGAUACAGCUGAAUUUGUGCUGAGGGAGAUUUGUGAAUAUGGAUAAUGUUUCGUUUGUGAGAGUUUUAACUCUGUCAGGCUUCAACGAGACGUCUAACUACAGAAUGACUCUGUUUUCUUUCACUUUACUCUAUUACUGUUUGAUUCUGUUCUGCAACAUCUGCCUCAUCACCAUCAUUAUACUGGAUGAAAACCUGCAUGAACCUAUGUAUGUGUUAUUGUGCAGCUUUUUCAUUAAUGGACUUUAUGGGACCACAGGUUUCUACCCCAAGUUUCUUUUAGAUCUACUCUCGUCUCCUGCAGAAAUCUCAUAUGAAGGCUGUCUUUUGCAGGCGUUCAUCAUGUACUCGUUCGCCUGCUGUGACUUGUCUAUUCUGGCAGUUAUGGCCUACGACAGGUAUCUGGCCAUAUGUCGACCACUGCACUAUCGCUCUCUGAUGUCUAAGAGGAGGCUCGCUCUGCUGGUUUGUUUCUCCUGGUUAACGCCGCUCUCUGUGUUUGCCAUCAACGUUCUGCUCUCGUCCAGGCUGAAGUUAUGUGGCUCAAACCUGCACAAAGUCUUCUGUGUGAACUGGGUAAUCGUUCAACUCGCCUGUUCGGACGCCGACACGGUGCCAAACAGUUUGGUUUCAUAUGUCAUCAUAAUAGUUUAUGUGCUGCACGGUGUUUUCAUAGUGUGGACCUACAUGCAUCUGGUCAAAAAGAGUGUGAGGUCUAAAGAUGACAGGGUGAAGUUCAUGCAGACAUGUGUGCCCCAUUUAAUUUCCUUAUCAACGUUCCUUGUGAUCAUCGUGUUUGAUUUGAUGUACAUGCGUUUCGGCUCCACAGAUUUGCCACAGGGCCUUCAAAACUUCAUCGCGAUAGAAUUUCUCCUCAUUCCGCCGCUCAUGAAUCCUCUCAUAUAUGGAUUCAAACUCACCAAAAUACGGAACAGAAUUUUGUACAUCAUUCAUUCUGGAAGAAAGUGACUUUGUCUCAUCCACCACUUUAUUAGGUACAAAUAACACCAAAUGAAUUGGUCAGCGAGUGUAUAUAAUUUCUAUCAAUUCACCCUGAUUAAAUAUUUAUCUAAAAUGACUGGUACACACCAGAGACUGUACCAUUUAACUUUUUUUAGUUCAUUUAGAAUAGACUUGUGUUUCAUUGUUUUAAGGGAAUUUAGAAAAAGCCCUUAGUCUGGCCCAGUUUUGUUUUAUUGCUUUGAUUAACUUGUCUGGUCUGUCCUCACUGUUCACACAACUGUUAUGUUAAUUCACUUUAAUCAUACUUUAAAACUGAUGUUCUUUGUACAUGUACUUGGCUUCAUUAUUUGAUUAUAUUGUGUGCAAACUCA